AAAAAGUUUUGCGUUCUGUAAUUGGUGUGCAGUCCGUAAAGACACUCGAGCGAAAUUUUAAACAACGAGGAGACAGUUAACGAACAUGUCGUUCAAGGAUCUAAAAGUGGAACAAGUCAAGGGUGAGCUGGCGACCGUAUUAUCAAAAUGGUAUCCACUUCACAAACGUGGUUUCGUUAAAAUCGGUGAGAGAAAGUGGUUCUUGCCGUAUAAAUAUGUCGAAGAAGGCAACAAUAUAUACAAUUUCGAAAUUCGCCCGGAUGACACGUGGAUCAUCACAUAUCCUAGAUCAGGUACGACGGUGACGCAGGAACUUGUAUGGUUGGUGGCGAACGACAUGAAUUUCGACGAGGCACAUCGGAGAUACUUAUUAGAGAGAUUUCCCUUCGUAGAGAUAGGAGCAAUAUUAGACGAUCAUAUCGCAACGAAAGAUGUCUCUGGUAGGAUUAAUACGGAAAAAUACAGCGUCAAAUUCGUGCAAAGUCAAUCGUCGCCGCGUUUCAUCAAAAGUCACAUGCCUUUCGAACUGUUGCCGACAGUCGUAAAUAGUACUUGCAAGAUUAUCUACGUCGCAAGAAAUCCAAGAGACGUGGUGGUUUCGUGGUAUUAUUUCCAGAAAACUUUGGAUCAUUUUCAGUAUCAGGGAACUUUCGAACAGUUCUGUGAUAAUUUCAUGAAUGACCACACACUAUGGAGUCCGUAUUGGGAGCAUGUAAAGGAAGCUUGGGCGAUGAGACACAGAGCAAAUAUGAUGUUCCUCUUCUACGAAGAUCUGAUAAAGGAUUUAACCGUAAACAUAAGGAAAAUCGCUGUAUUCUUCGGCAAGACUUACAGCGAUGAGCAGAUCGCCAAGUUAGUGGAGCAUUUAAGAAUAGAGAACUUCCGCAAGAAUCUGAUGGUGAAUCAGCCGAGUCCUGACACCGUCAUGCAACCGGAAUUAUUUAUUCGACAAGGAGCAACGGAUGGUUGGAAAAAACUGUUCACGUCGGAAAUCGAGGAGAGAUUUAGCCGGUGGAUCGCUGACAAUUUAAAAGACACGGACUUGGUUUUUCCAAGUUUGUCACGAUGAAAACAAUUGUGGUUGCAAUUUACGAAAGUUGUAUCUAGGCACGUUUUAAAUAAACAGAAUUGCUGAUACAAGCUUUCCAAGACAAGAACUAUAAA